GUUACAAUUAGGAAUUAGGGACUUUCCUUACCUAUGUAUCAUUGCCAGCCAUUUGUUAACCUACUGGACCUGCUCAAUUGAAUUCGGAUCAUGUAUCUGAAUAGUCUCAUUUGCGUCAUAGUUGAGUUGUUUAUUUUCCGUUUGAUUAGUCACAAUGGCUUCCACCACAGAUAGUGGGGAUAAUAAUCAAUUAUCCGUUUCAUCAUCACCUCACAUCAUUUUCACAACACCAACUUUUACACCGAGAUUCGGUCGAAGAGAUUCGAUUACAGCUGAUGAUGGAUCACGCAUUCAUCAGAGGCUUCAGAGGCAUAUUCAUCUCAAAUCAAAUAAUGAUAGGCACAUUCGAGUACAAGAGCCAGAAGGGAGUCAAGCAAAAUCACCGGCUGCCAGUAUAUAUAUGGGGUCGUAUACUCCGCGACGAUCAAGAUCUCUUGCUGGCUCAAGGCCCGGUUCUAUCAAAAGUCCUCCAACGUCAAGUCCACCUUCGCCUAGAAGCAGUUUCAGCUUCAGUCAUACUCACAUAAGUCAAUUGUCGGAUCUUCUACAAGAUUUCAAUUUAGAUCUCGAAACUUACGGUGUGGAAGAAUUGAGAGAUGGAUUCUUUGAUGCUGCAUUCUUCAAGCCACAGAAGACAAGUCGUGAAGAGCUUAUGAAAGAUGCAGAGUUUACAUUACCAGCAGCAUUUAUGAAGAAGCACCCGUUGUCACUCAAACAUUUUUUCCCGAGGCAAUGGCGUGGCAUCAAGGGAAUCUCUAAACAAUUGGUGACUACACGAGCUGGUAUCAAGCUUAUCAAAUCCUUUUUGCCCUUCUUCAUUUCCUACGUCUUAUGUUUGGUUCCCGUGAUCAGAAAUUGGCUCGGCCGUUACAAUUAUAUUAUGGUAAUAUCCGCAAUCAUCAAUCAUUCUGGACGAAGUAUUGGCGCCCAGAUUGAUGGCACCAUAUCGACAAUAAUCGGAACUGCAGGAGGACUAGGAUGGGGCGCCCUUGCGCUGUGGUUAUCACAUUCUACACCUGUUGCCAGAAGAGGAUACGGAGGAAUUCUUGCGGCCUUCCUUGUUGUCUUCAUGGGAGCCAUCGCGGCACUUCGUUCGUAUUAUAUCAGAUUGUACCAGAUGGUUUUGUGUGCCGGCAUGGCAGUUCUCUAUACCUGUCUUGCAGAUACUUCUACGAGCCUUGCUUGGAGAAGUCUAUUCGAAUAUGGUAUACCAUGGUUAUUUGGCCAGGCCAUUGCUCUUUUGGUGUGUUGUACUGUAAGUAUACUAUCCGUAACACAUAGAUUUGGCAAAAUUGCUUCUUGAAUCAUUUUGCAGCUGCGUCUUCCGUCGAGACUUACCCAUAUCCGGCGCGUGGUGCGGAACCCGGAGUUCCGGAACUUAAUCGACCAUUUACUUUCCUCCCAAGGUCUUGCUAAUACAAACUAGGUUAUCCCUGAUGCCGGAGCAAGAUCAUUGGCUGUGAGCUUACACAAUGCUUUUGAUAUUAUGCAAAAAGGACUUCAACUCCCACAAUCAGAACCGGUCACUGUACACAGACAAUUGGCAUUUACAUUUGUCAAUCUCUCACAAGCGUACAGAGAUUUAGUCCUCGACAUCUCCAUCACCCGCUUCAAGCCGUCAGAUGUUAUGGCAUUGCGAAAUCUCAUGCAGGCAGUGAUACGAUCUCUACUAUCGCUCCGAAUGGAAUCGCAUUUAUUUGAAGAUUCCGACAAGGAUGAAGAUUCUGAUGUACCUUUAUCACGAGCGGUCUCAGCUCUCAGUAUUCGACGAUUUAAUUCUACUUCAGUAAUCAACAUUGAUGGUCCACGACGCCCACAACUUUACAGAACGGAUACAGAGGAUCGAGCAGUAGAGUUGGUGGCCGGUAAGCUUGCAGAGCCUACAUCGAAUUUAUUGUCGUGUUUGAAAACAGCAUUACAGAGAUGUGACGCUGUGUUGAUGGACAUGUCUGGACAUAGGGUGUUUCUUGGGCCUUCCAAAGAUGUUUCUUCAGAUAUCGUGGGUGCUAUAACAAGUAUUAGAAAGGCUAAGAUCAAAUAUGACGAGGAAGAAGAGCAGUAUGUAUUAUUCCUAUUAUCUUUUUUUUGCUCACGAAAUCACGAAGUCAUGUCAUCUUUACUGGCAUACCUGGGAUUUCAGUAAUAUGGACUAUAAUCCAACCCAAAGAGGUUCUCAGAGGCAGCAGUUUAGUAUGUUCCAUCAGUCCGAUACAGUGUAUUUGCUGGAUAUAUAUGAGUGAUGGUAUCCAGUAGGUCGGACUGCAGUCCAAUGAUGAAAAGUUUUUGAUCUCCGAAUUCGUUUGAAUUUUGAAUUAUUCAAAUAUUUCAUAAUCAGAUGUCAUUGGGAGUCUAAAAGCACAAAUUGUUGAGAUAAUUAAACUUUGUCUCAAGAGUUUUGGUCUCUCAAGCGCUGAAAGCUGCCAUCCGGUCUUAUGAUCGGGUUCAUUGGAUACCCUCUGUCUAGGCCUGUUUCGAAAUUUAAUCGAGGCAGGACCGUAGCAUCCGGAAUAUUUGGAUUGAUUAUUAGUGUUGGACCAUAUUCAGAGUUCGACCCGAAGCUUUCAAUACCCGAAGAUGAAUGAAGUUCACUAUUCAGUACUGACUAAAAUAAUCACAGAUUGCUGCGAAAUCCAAAUUUACCUCCAACAUAUUCAGAUCACCCUGAAGUUGUCGAAAUAUUCCUGUUUGUUCACCCUAUCAGACAAGCGGCAAACAGUGCCGAAGCACUUCUCGUUAAAGUGAACGAAAUGCAGCAAAGGCGUCCUGGUUGGCGGGCUUACUUGCCAUCUUAUCCAUUUGGCAAGGCUCUGCAGCGUACAAAUGAACAAGUACGACAUGAUCGAGGAGGUGUAACGGCAGGUUUCUUUUUCCAGAGUCAAAGAGAACUUGCCAAGACAAUGAAAGGAAUGGCAAACGUUUAUAAGCCCGGCCCUCGAAAGAAGAGGGGCACAGAAGAAGAAGAAGAUAACUACGACAAUCUCGAACCUACUGAGAGUAGAGGCGCGUAUGCUGAGGAGGAAGAAAUCGCGAUGGACAAGAAUUCCCAGACUUCCAGACAAAAGCGCUUGAGAUACAAAACUUGGAAAGUUAUCCAUCGCUUACAAGGCUUCGAGACCAGAUUUGCGUUGAAAGUAGCCAUAGUCACUUCUCUUUUGUCAAUACCAGCGUGGCUAAAUCAGAGUAGAGACUGGUGGAACAAAUAUGAAAGUUGGUGGGCGGUUAUAAUGGUUUGGAUAAUGAUGCAUCCAAGGUGAGUUUCAAAUCUUAAGAGGAACCGGAAGAUCAAACUAACCUUUCCCAGAGUCGGCGGAAAUAUUCAAGAUUUAUUAACUCGAGCUAUUUGUGCUUUGUUUGGUGCUAUAUGGGGAGGUAUAGCUUAUGGUGCUGACAGUGGAAAUCCAUAUGUUAUGGCUGUAUUUGCAACCAUAUUCAUGAUCCCUAUGAUGUACCGAUUCACACAAAGUCCACAUCCUCGAUCAGGAAUUGUGGGCUGCAUCUCAUUCGUGGUAGUUUCGUUGGGUGCAUAUACAGCCCCUGAUAACGUCUCAGUUAUCACCGUGGCAUGGACUCGUGGAGUUGCUUUCAUGGUUGGCACUGUGUCUGCUGUGGUUGUUAAUUGGUUUCUCUGGCCAUUUGUUGCGAGACAUGAAUUGAGGAAGGCUUUGUCGUCAAUGCUCAUUUACUCCAGUAUAAUCUAUAGAGGUAAAUCAUAUUUCACAUCACCACACGCUUUACUGAUAAUAUUAGGUGUGGUGGCAAAAUACGUAUAUUACGAAGAUGGAGAAGAACCAGGUGUGGAGGACGUGCAACAAUCUGGUACGCGUAUCCACUUCCCCACAAUCUUGGACAAAACUGAUAUUCCCCGAGAAAUGCUUGAAGGUCGCCUGAGAGAAGGAUUCGUUAGGAUACGUCAACUAUUGGUAUGGUUCAACUCUGUCACCUUUUUUCCUACAUCCCCAGUUGACAGUUUUUAGGCUCUCACACGCCACGAAAUUCGCCUUCGAGGUCCUUUUAAUCCACUUCCAUACUCAGCAUUAAUCGCUGCCUGCGAACGGUUCUUCGAGUAUCUCGUCUCCGUACGACAGUCCUCACUAUUCUUCCAUCCACAUUAUGUUUCUGAAAACGAGCAAGCAUCUGAAUCAUUACUUGCUUUCCGACGUGAUGCUGUGGCCUGCAUUCUAAUGAAUUUAUAUGUUUUAGCUGGAGCAUUGCGAGGCGAUAGAAAGGUUCCCGUAAGUCUUCCCGUUCUUUAACAGGAAACUGUUCUAUUCCUAAUAAGGAAAAAGAGAUAUCUCCCAUCCGCAGCAUCGGCUCGAAAACGUCUAUUAGACCAUAUGGCUCUACUUGAAUCAAUGAAUGUUCCUACGACAUCCAGUGGUGUGUCUGUGAAGUCGAAAAGGAGUAAAAGGAGAAGCAAACGAAAGGAGAACAAUAACUCAAAUGAGACGGCGAGCAAUUUAGCCGGGGGCAGAAAAUGGUCUCAAAUUUACAGCUACAGUACGUACUUGAAAUUCUCGCUGCUUGAGCUCUCCAAAAUUUUGAAUAUAUCUGUUUGCUACAUCAGCCUCGAAGACAAGUCCUAACACGAAGCUUUCUAGGCUACAGUCAAUCCCUCACAGGUUGUGUAACGCAACUGGAACAACUAUGCAAAUACACCAAGGAAAUCGUCGGAGAGCAAGGGUAUGUAUCAUUUUCUACCUUUCUUCCCUUUCCCAAGCGCGGAAUUCACCUAGUAUCUUCAUUGAUACACAAUGCCAUCACUCACUCUAACAACUAAUUCACAGCUUCGACCCCAUUCUCGAAGACGAAUACGAAGAUAUCACUAGCGAUGGAGUGGGUGGUCAUGGGUUUCUCAAUGGUCAAAUUACCCCUCGUACUACUAGAGGUUAAGAAUUGGGGAUCAUGUUUAGAAUAAUAGAAGGUUCUUUUGAAAAAUUGAUCAAUAGGACCGCUGGCGCAACGGUAGCGCGUUCGACUCCAGAUCGAAAGGUUAUCCGUUCAAAUCGGGUGUGGUUCAAUACCUCCUUCAUUGAUCACCUAUACUUUUUGCCCGUCUUCAUGCCUACCUACGAUUUUAAUGAUAUCGUUAUUUAGCUCUUUUGAUAUUUGGUCUUGGGAUGGAUCAUCUAGAGCGUAUCAGUAUGCAAUUAUGAACAGCAUCUAUUUGUUUAUGAAUGGGAAUUAGAGGAGUUGGUGUCGGGCGGGUUUAUAAUGAGCACAAGUCUUGCCGUCUAUCCUUACACUUGAAUGGAUCUCUUCGUGGUCGGUGAACAUCACAUUCACAUUCACAUUCACAUACAAUAAUGAAUACUUCGUAUUUUUGACAGGAAUGAGGUUAACUAUAUCAAAAUUCGACUCCAAUUCCUGAGACAUGGUGCCGCUAAAACAUCCACUUCUUCAG